ACCCCCAAAAUUUCUACACACACAUAUCCAAGUACAGCUCAGCGCCUCAGGCGGUCGUCAAGAUGUUCUAAACAACCCCUUUCCCCCAGUGUCCCCAGUCCAACCGUCAAGAUUCCGUCCCCGGACUUAAACGCAUCCAUCCCCACUCAACCACCCCGUUCAGCUCACCUUUUGGUCGAUCUGAACUUCAGCACCGCUUUGAAUAGCAUCAGCUCGAGUUCCCUCAACACCGCCAACAUUUCAGGCCAAGACUUUUUAGUCUCAACCACGGAUUCCCAGUCAUCAUGGCUUCCCUCCACGCAACCCAGCCUGCCGGCACUAUCCGCGCACCAGUUCCAGAGUCCCGAAACACAGCAUCAGGACUUUGUCUUGUUCGAUCAGCCCCCUAAUCGGUCAACUACAUCGCUGUCAAACCAGCGUCGUCACUCGUCUUAUCUGCACAAACGUCGUCAACAGCCCGCUUCCUCCGCUGUCCAGAAUCAACGAGUAGCCCAGUUGCUCAAGGCUAUCGGUAACACCUCGUCUCCUGUCAACCGCCCCGCGAAUCAGUUUUACGCUUCUUCGGCCCCUUCGUCGUCCACCACCUUGCUACAGCAGAACACAUCUGCCAGGCCUCCUGUUCCUCUUUUUUCCCAGAGUACCGGAAGUAUCCAACAAACCGCCAAGAUGAUGAACGCCGCAGACGUCGAACUCGAAGAGUUCACUGCCUUUGAGGGCGGGGCCAACACGGCCUUCUCUUCGCCUGCCGUUCCCAGCGUCUUUGACCUGGGUGGCAGUGCUUCCAGCUCCAUCUCCAACCUGGCGACUGUGUCGCCCCACGAUCUGCUCUUCCAAGAGCCAUUCAUGUCCGCGCCUAACUCGUCGGCUCUCACGGCGCUGACUUCGCCGUCCAUCCACAACGAGUCUCCUGACUUCACCGACGGAUAUGAUGUGUCUCCCAACUUUGGCAACGCCGACUUUGACACCUCUGGUGACCCCUGGUACCCCCUGUUCCCUCAAGAUGUGUCUGCUCUUGAGAAGGCCAGUGUGGAAAACUCACCAGCGACCAAGUCGGAUGAUCUGGAGUCGGUUGGUCGUUCCUCGUCUUCCGACCGCCGGAAGUCGGGUACUUCUCCCUCGACUCGCCACUCUUCGGUGGCGGGAGUGAACGCUCGCAAGCGUGACAAGCCCCUUCCUCCCAUUGUUGUGGAUGAUCCCAACGAUGUCGUUGCCAUGAAGCGUGCCCGCAACACCCUGGCGGCGCGAAAGUCUCGUGAGCGCAAGGCUCAGCGACUGGAGGAUCUUGAGGCCAAGAUUGCGAGGCUGGAAGCAGAGCGUGACCACUGGAAGUCGCUCGCGCUUGCGUCUGGUGCGCAAUAG